GUACAACGAAGCAGUGGCAUUCACUUCACGAGACUGAUAUUGUUCGUACUUAUACGUGCAUGUAUAUACGCGGUAAAAGGGUUUUUCAGAGAGAAAAAACCACGACUGGUUCUCAUUCUGCAAGGGAAAGAAAAAUGCCGGCAAUCGGCACAGCGUGAGAUCAAGGAAGAGAAAAGUAGCUAAGAGUGGAUGCUCGGCGUCAUCGACGGCGUGUCGUUGUUUUCGUGUAACGUUAAAGGCGGCACAAUCCCCACGAUUGAGUAUCGGCGCGCCCCAUCGUUUGUGCCUGCUAGAACCAUGACUGGCAAUUCAACUACUACUUCAAGUGCUUCAAAUGGCAUGGAAGCCACUAGUAGUACUACAUCAGUCAAUAGCUCAGCUGCAACGAAAAAUAUGAGUACUACAAGUGUAACUACAAAAGCAGCUGAUGAAAAUAAAGCACCUGUCACUAGAUCAAAGGUCACAACAACAAAGACGACGACGACUACCUUGUCAAGGACGCUUGGGGCACCCACGACAAGAGGAGCUCAAAAAAGGCCGGGCCUUGCUAAUAACACUGUAGUGGAUCCAAAAAGACCAAAUCUUAGAACAACGAUGAAACCAACAGCCAGACCAAUCAGGCCUGCAACCAGUACUGUUGGCCCACUUGCUAAAACUGUCCCAUCAGCUACACCAGCCAGUGCAAAGCCAUCAGGCUCUAAGCCCAACAAAUGGGAUUUCAAGGGUAGAUUGGAGUGGACCAGUAAUGAGCUGACAGCCUUAAAACAGAAGCAUAGAGAUGUGACAAUGCAAUAUAAUAGUAUUCAAGAUGAAAUUGUUAGUUUAAGAAAAAGUGAAAGUACCAAUAGGUCUAAAGCUGAGAAGCUAGAAAAAAGUGCUGGUGAAUUGCGUAAACAAGUUGAUGUGCUAAAGGCGAAAGUUGAUGAGCUUCAAAAGGAGAACGACGUUUUAACUAAAGACUUGAACAAAACCAAGGACGAGUAUGAGAAAACGUUUUCAAAACUGGGAGAGUAUGAAACGGAUAUAAAAGUCAAGUCAGUUUUAAUCACGGAUCAGCAAAAAGAGUUAACGGAAUGGAAAGAAAAGUUUGAAUCUAAAGUGAAGGAGAAUGAAGAAUUGGAUGGAUUAGUUCAAACCUUGGAUAGAGAAAGGAGAUACUUGCAUAAUACUAUUCAAGAAAUGAAAGGAAAUAUUCGAGUAUUUUGCAGGGUUAGACCAAAAAUUCCAAAAGAAGCGUCAAAAAGCCUGUGUAAUAUCAAUUAUCUUGAUGAGUGCACACUUGAAGUUGGACGAGGAGAAGGGGAUACAAGUAAGAUGAAGACUCAACGCCAGGAGUUCACCUUUGAUAAAGUUUUUCCACCAAACACCUGUCAAGCAGAUAUCUUUGAGGAGUUAUCUAUGCUUGUGCAGUCGGCUCUUGAGGGCUACAAUGUUUGUGUCUUUGCAUAUGGACAAACUGGCUCAGGCAAAACUUAUACAAUGGAAGGAUUACCUGGCACGGAACAAGAGGGCAUGAUCCCCAGAACAGUGAAACACAUCUUUAGAGAAAUGAAGCACUUUGAAUUGCUUGGCUGGGAAUAUAAAAUUGAAGCUAGUUUUUUGGAAAUCUACAACGAGCAAAUUGUUGAUCUCCUUGAUAACAGUCGAAAAACACAUGAAAUCAGAAUGGCUGAUAACAAAGGGCACGAUUUGUAUGUCAGCAACCUUUUAAUUCAGGAAAUUAACAGCCCUGAAGAGCUAAACCAAUGCCUUCUCAUAGCACAGCAAAAUCGCGCUAUGGCAGCGACGCAGUCUAAUGAAAGAUCUUCGCGAUCUCAUUCUGUUGCGAGAAUACGUUUAAUCGGUACGCACAAGUCGAAACAGGAAGUUUCCAUCGGUAAUUUGAACUUGGUUGAUUUGGCUGGAUCUGAAAGACUUAAAAAUGAAGAAGCUGCGCGAGUUGCUGAAACAAAAAAUAUCAACAAGUCAUUGGCUAACUUGGGACACGUUAUCCUCGCAUUGCUUCAAAAACAAGACCACAUUCCCUAUCGAAACUCGAAACUUACGCAUUUGCUUAUGCCUUCUUUGGGAGGCAAUUCAAAAACACUUAUGCUCUUAAAUAUUUCACCUCUUGAUGAUUCUUACAACGAGACUGUGAAUUCUUUGAGGUUUGGCAGUAACGUCAAUAGUUGUAAAACAGGUACCGUUAAAAAAGUAAAGACGGUUUUGUAAAUUAAGUUCAAACAAUCUAGCAUUGAAAGUGUACAAAGAAUAUUAUCAGCAAGACCAAAGUCUUUUUGAGACUACCGUCCUUUUUCAACUUUGAAUAAUAAAAUAGUUUUGAAAAAAGGAAGGUUCGCAAUUUUUAUGCUAUGAAGUUAUGAUAUUGCUAGUAUAAAUUAUUGUUUCUACUCUUAUGAAAAAAAUAACUCGUAAGUUUAGUACUCUCUAAGUUUUUACUUUCGACUUAUAUAGAAAUUCCUUAUAACUAAUGCACUAUCAGUAAACUUCGGUUACUCUGUUUGUUUGUCUAAGAUAAUGUAUAAAGUGAAUUAUAAUUUGAUGAAGUUCAAAAGUAUAACCUUCACUGACAUGUUUUUUUUUAUUUAAUAUGAUGCUUAUUAA